AGGGCGUACAAGAAGAACGGAGGGAGAAAGAGAUAAAAAGAUGGGGCUUCAGCAUUCGUCAGGUCCCCAAAUCUGUUCCGCUCGUUUUCCUCCUCCUCCCCACCUUGCUUGAACGGUGGUUCUCUGGAGGGAGAUCUGUUCAUCGCCGGGUGCUUCGACGUGGACGGCUAAUUAUGGUUCUCGAUUUCGGUCAUCGGAAAGAAGUUGUCCAAAUCUGUUGUUAGCGUUUUGGUAAUGGAUCGCUCUUGGAUUUUGGUGUUUCUUUCGUUUGUGUGCAUCUCCAGCGCUGCUAAUGCCAGUGAAGGUGACGUCGAUCCGCUCUAUAGGAUAUGUAUAGAACAAUGCGGGAAGACAGGAACUGUUGGAGCCAGCUCAGUUCAGCACUGCCAGUUUUCAGCUGAUGGUGUACUUGUUGAUGGUCCAUGGUAUAUGCAAGAACCCUUAUAUGUUCAAUGGAAGCAAUGGAAUUGUAGGAGUGACUGUCAAUACUUUUGUAUGAUGCAACUAGAAAAAGAAAGGGAAGAACUUGGUCUUAGACCUGUUAAGUAUCAUGGUAAAUGGCCUUUUAAGCGUUGGUCUGUGCUUCAGGAGCCUGUCUCAGCUAUUCUAUCUGCAUUAACCCUCAUUAUUCAAUUCAAUGGGUGGUUAUCUUUUUUUCUCUUAUCAUCUUACAAACUACCACUUAGGCCCCAGAGUGGGAGGACAUAUUAUGAAUUCACUUGCUUGUGGCAUGUAUAUGGGUUGUUAUCACUGAACGCCUGGUUUUGGGAUGCUAUAUUUCACACACGAAGUUUUGAUUUAACAGAGAAGUUGGACUAUUCGUCAUCUGUGGUUCUACUUGGUUACUCCCUUAUUCUGGCUAUAUUUAGAACCUUUAAUGUGAAGACGGAGGCUUCAAGGGUAAUGGUUGCAGCUCCUUUGGUGGCUUUUCUGACGACACACAUCCUGUAUAUCAACUUCUAUGAAUUAGACUAUGGGCUUAAUAUGAAGGUGUGUAUGGUGAUUGGCAUUGCUCAGGUUUUGCUUUGGGCUGUCUGGGCAGGGGUAACUCGGCAUCCUUCACGUUUCAAGCUUUGGGUGGUGGUUGUUGGUGGUGCCAUCGCCACCUUUCUUGAGUUGUUGUAUGAUUUUCCACCCUACAAAGGUUAUGUUGAUUCCCAUGCACUAUGGCAUGCCACCAACAUCCCUCUUGCAUAUCUUUGGUGGAGCUUCGUUUAUGAAGAUGCUGAGUUCCGAACAUCGGCUCUCAUAAAAAAGACCAAGUAAGAAGCAGGAUAGAACUUGGAAGUCCCACUGCUCACUGAUUGAGCUGUAAGUCUGGUUUAGUGUAUUUUUCCUUCUCUCCUAGUUAAUAGUUGAUUUUUUUUCCCACUCCACUCGGUGGUUUCUAUUGCCCUUCUUGUUUUUGAAUCGAUAUAAUUGGUGGAAUUACUUCACGACUCAACUUGGUUUUGCACUUCAUUUGCCCUUUUCUUUGUGGCAACAUAGUUGUGUUUUUGCCUUUUAAAUUGACAUUGGAAAUAGACUUUCUUA